GCUCUUCAGAACUACACAUAAUUUCUCUACUACUGCCCAAGCAUCGACGUAAGAGAGUCAUACUGCGAGCCGAGCAUUGAUCCAUUGACUAUUUACGGGACAACAUACAACCUGACGACUUUCCAGCCACGACUGAAUAUCAAGAUGCCAUGUCAGGUCUACGAUGACACCGUUUACUGCGAGGAAGACUUCAUAGGUGACACAUCCAGCCGAAUCCGAUGUAUAGGCAAGGAGACCUAUGCGUGGGGAUUUCCAGAAAGCGCUCUGACUAUGCCUGUGUCAUUGCACGCGGUCUGGUGCCUGGGCUUGCUCGCUAUGCAUUACCUAGCGACGCGACAGUCUCAAGCCCCGAGAUCUCAACAGCAGAAAAGGUCUGGCACGCGAUUGGGUGCGAUCAGAGGAAGCUGUGAUUUGGCCUAUGCAGUAGAAGAACAGCUCGGUAUGGAACGGGCACAGGCCUCUAAUGACUGGGAGCUGGUCCGGGACUUAUCGGCAUUGCAUACAAGGCUCCGAUAUCGAGAUGGCUGGGAGUUUGAAGGUAAUGGUACAAGGGCAAUCACCAUUAGUAAUUGAGACGUGGUUUAGCAUCAUUUCUCCAUAAUGGUUAGAGUUCUUUAUAUGAAUUUCCUAUUCAUUUAGUAAAUGGCAUCCCUUCGGCCAUCAUGAAAAUGUUUCGUUUCUCGCCAUGAUGAAGAUCUCAAAUAGCCUCCAUUGACUUAAAACGCCGACCGCUGUGCACCGAUGGCCUUGUUUGACCAAUCUGU